UGUUUCACUUAAAACACCUCAGUGGCGAACGACGAUUCUAAAGUACCCGCGCAAAAGUGAAAAAUGAAAUGGCGUUUUUUGGAAAUUUAACUAAUUUCGACCACAAAUCUGGCGAAUGGCAGAUUUUUCAUAGCAAAUUAAAGCAAUUCUUUGUGGUGAAUAAAGUUGUGGAUGAAGAGGAUAAGCGUGCCCUUUUAUUCACUCACUUAACGGACGAAACCUACCGUUUGUUACGUAACUUGGCUCACCCAAAAGAAUUGGAGGUUCUAGAAUUCAAAGAGCUAGUGACAAUACUCGAUGGCCACUUCAAGAAAAAGCAGUGUACGUAUGCGGACAAGGCCAAGUUUUAUGCUGCGACGAGAGCACCAAGCGAGAGUUUAGGAGACUGGGCAGCGCGAUUAAGAGGAUUGGCAACUUAUUGCAAUUUUGGCGCGGCCUUGGAGGCGAAUUUAGCUGAUCGUUUCAUCCUAGGCUUGGGCUCGGGGCCCGAGCGAGAUAAGUUAUUUGAAAAAACAGCUACUCUUUCAAUGGCUGAGGCCCUGGAGAUCGCAGAGAAAGCGGCGGUUGCUAGGGAAGCCAAGACGGAGAUGGCGGCAACCAUCAAAGAAGAGCCCGUAUUUUAUGGGGCUAGCGGGGGCACGCAGGGCACGGUCGGGGCGGUUGGAGCAGGAAAGGGCGUCGCGACGGUAGCGGUGGCGGCGCUGGCAGCCGGCCGGCCGCAGGCGACCAGCGACCGCAAGAUGAUUCCCGAUGUGCCGUGUGUGGAAUGAGGAACCAUGGUGAAGAUAGUUGUCGUUACAAACGAUAUCGUUGCCAGAAAUGUGGAGAUAUAGGACAUUUGAAAAAAGUUUGUAAGGGCAAGAUGUCUCGCGUAAACUGCAUCGUGACCGAACGUGAGGAAAAUGGAACUGAGAGUGAAGGACCUGAGCAGUGUUGUAGGGAGUGCCAAAUUUUUAAUUUGAGGAACUGAGUGGGAGUGGGGAGAGCGGCAGCGAGCCGCCAUACGCGCGGUGCGCAGGGAGCUGGCGUCCGAGCGCGUGCUGGCGCACUUCGAGCCCAGCGCGCAGCUGGUGCUCAGCGCCGACGCCGGCCCGGGCG